GUCUACAAAUAAAAUAUAUCAACAAUCUCGCUUGAUAACCGGCAAGUAAUUUGUAUACUUCUAAUAGAUUCCAUUUUUGCAAGCUCUACUGUAUACCCUCUCUUUCAGCGUGCCAUCGCUGAAUAGAUUCGAAGAUCGGCACGUAGUGAGCCGACAAGCCACGAUCUUCACACAAGUUCGUUCGUUUUGUUCGUUUGACUUUAAACAGUGAUUGCACGAUCCGCAGCGCUUCAGUCUUAACACAAACUCGACAAAAUUCACAUAAGUAUCGAACGCGCGCUAGUUUCUAACGCGGCGGCAGCGGCAAUACAAGAAAAAAAAUAUUUUUAAAUAGAAAGAAACUUUUUUAAGCUUUUUCCCUAAGUUAAUACAGUAGAACUUAAGCGAACAAAACGUUUUAUGUUAAAUUUUGAAAAUGUUUUAAAAACGUAUAUUUUUUAAGUUGUUUGAUAAAUAUUUUGGCAACCGCUGGUGUGUGAGAGUGUGUGUUUUGGAUAACUAAAAUGGCUGUUAAUUGACUAAAACUUAAUUUUAUUAAAAUGCAAAAGAAUUAUAACAAAUUUUUGACGAUUGAAGAUAACAAAUAUAUAUGGAAAGUCCUUAUAAAAUAUGCACACAAGUAAAUAAUACAAUAUUAUAAACAUGUACAUAUAAACGAUUAGUUUCCAAAAAGCUACAUUGCUAAAAAAAGAAAUAAAAUAAAAAAUAUGUAAAUUGCAGUACGACGAAAUGAUAAAAUAUUAAACACCUUACGAAAAUUAUUGAUGUAAAAAGUCAAAACUUUUAUACCACAAAACGACUAUGUGAAAUGUUUGAGUAAAAAACUUGAAAGUGGAAAAAACCAAAAAAAAAAAAAAAAAAUAUUCAAAAUUUUUAUGUAUAAAGAAAAGCGGGAAAUUAUUGUUCUGGGAAAAAAUUAAUACAUAUCGCAACUACAAUGCAAAAGGGUCACAAGUCGAAAUUUUGAUAUUUUUGGCCAUACCUUUUCUGGGGCUUUAUAUGUACUCGUAUAAACAAAAACCAAACGAUGGACGUUUUUGGACAAGCAUAACGUUUCACCAUUCAAAAUUUUCAAAAGUGUGUCCAGCAAAUAUCGAUUUUUCUAGUUGUGAUCCUAUUGCAAUUAGAGUGGGAUGAGUACCUACACAUGUACAUACACACUUAAAGUUUACUGUACAAAUUUGUUUGGUUUUAUGUAGCGUUUGAGCAGAUUUAAGAAUUAUUUGUUAAAAAAAAAGGUGGCAGUGUAAAGAAAAAUAAUGGAAAUUGUAAAAUAAAUUAUUGAACUUGCAAACAAAAUUUUAUUGGAAUGAUAAAACAGUUAAUUACGCUCCAGAAACUGAGGACGUAGCGCAUCCUAAACGCAUAGCAAUUGACAACCCUCUGUGUUGUAAGUAAUGGAGGAAUUGAAGUUAAAAUUGCUGGUGGUUAAUGGAUAUAAACAUGAAAAAAUGCUCAUAAUGUCGACUCGAACCAUGACGACACGCACCUUUCCAAUGACGACCACGCCCACUACUCCUACCCCUGCACCUACCACGUUACACACACACUUAGCAACAACAACAACUACAACAAACCCACUCUCUAAUGCGAGCGCAAGUGACAAUGCUAAUGAUAGUCGCCCAACACCCGUCGCACACACCCUCCUCCACACAAUGCACACACAGGCGCAAAGUAUCAGUUGGCGACUGCGCCAGUAUUGCACACAAGCCAUAGCAGCGAGCAGCAGACGGAGAAGAAGAAGGCGUGAUGAUAUUAAUGAUAAUAACAACAACAACAAUAUAACGAACUGCAAUAGCAGUAACUGCAACCAGAGCAAUAGCAACAAUAACAACAGCUUUGCGUGCAGCACGCCCUCGUGUGCGGCGUUGCCUGAAGCUGAGCACUACUAUGACCACAACAACAACAGCAACAGCUAUACGAGUAACAAUAACAAUAAUAAUAGCAUAUUCAGCAGGAGGGGCAGCAAUAGUAACUUAAGUAAAACUACAACAGCAACAAGUUCACCUGCAAUACAACUUUUGAACACCGCAGUCCGUGCCUUGAGUAGCUCGUCGAAAGCGGCUAGCUACAUUGCAGCCCUACUCGUUCUCACCACGCUUUGUUCCUUCUGUGCUGCCUCGCCGUGCGACCUGCAUAGCUGGUGGGAUCCGCUCAAGGACAAAUGUAUUACUUGUACUGUGUGCGAGGGUGAUUUAAUACCAUUGCGCCCAUGCCAGUUGCAUCGUGACACGAUAUGUGGCUCCAUCUAUGAUUUGAAGAUCGAUUGGGUUGUGCUGGCGAAAACAGAGCCCAACUGGAAGGAGCGCCGAAAGGAUGACGCUAACAUAGAAUUCGAGCAACAGCUGUCACACGAGGAGUUGCAGCAAUUGCAAGAUGAAUCGCUGGCGAUGGAUUGGCAAACAACAGCGCUCUUCUUGGCCGUGCUAGCCUGCUUGCUCUUCUUCAUUGUAGCCGCGGGGAUUUUGGUGCAUCACAUGCGGCAAUGGCGGCGUAUGGAGCGUCGACUUGAUCAAGAUGUUGAAGAAUUGUCAACGAAAUUGAUGGCAAAAUUAGCCGAAGUACAGAGUAUGGAAGGUGGAACAUUCUUCAUUGGCAAUGCCGAUGCAUUAGGAGUGCCAACGACUUUCCAGCCGCAGCAUGUGCUAUUACCGGAAAAACCGGCAAAACAUCAUGAACGGCGUAUUUUAAAAACAUUACAACCCGGUAAUGUUUACAUUGAGGAAAAUGGUUCAAAGGGCUGAGAAACAAACAAAACUUGAAAACACUUAUAUUUGGAAUUAUGAAGUCAGAGGAACGAUUUCUAUAAAAAAAUUAUCGACGAAAUUAAUUCCGAAAUAAAUUUGAUGUUGAGUGAAAGUAACUACUACUUAAAUAAGAAGUAAUAUAAUACAAAACGAUGUUUGACAAGUUAUUAAGGCAACAAGCAAACCAUAAAAUUAUGACUUUAGCUGCUAUAAAUGGAAGUCAUGUAUCAUCGCAUGCGUUAAAAAUAGUAAAAGAAACUUAGUAGGAAAAAAAUGAAAAAAGGAAAAUGUAUGUAGUCACAUGAGGGCGUUCAUAAUAAUUUUCAAAACUUUUAUAUGCAAAUGUACAAAUAUUCGUAUAUUAAAUACUCAUACAUAUCCGUACGUAAAAGCCCUGCGGGAAAAAUUGUAGUGGUAAAAAAUUAACGAUUAACCAUGUAUAUUCACUUUUGUGAGCUCACGAAUUUACUAAAUAACUCAUUUAUUUUAAUAGUCUCAUAACUCAAAAAUUAAAAGUUGAAGUUGUAGAUCCAUUGUUGUAUAAUUUUCGAAAUAUUUUAGGUUGGCAGUUAUUUGAUCGCUAGUUACGGUUAUGUUAACUUAUCUUUGAACAUUUUGUGCUCUGCAAUUAUAGACAGAAGGUCCCUCCUUUUAAUCAGUUAUAUAGUUUACGUUUGUAUAUUCUCUUGUAUUUCUGUCCUGGGGAAAGUCGCUCAACAGACGUUUCUAUAAGUACAUAAAUUCUCCUAGUGCAGCUGGUCCAGCCUAUCAUCUUUGACGGGAUGACCAGUAUUAUCCAAAAUAAAACAAAGACCGCAGAAGGGUCGGUUUUUAAUAUCUUAUAUAAUGUACGUUUGUCCAUUCUCUGAAUAAAAAAGUUGAAAUGCGAUUUUCACUAACCUCCUUCUCUUUUGUAAGCUCACGAAUUUACUAAAUCGUUCAUUUAUUUCAUUAGUCUCAUAACUCAAAAAAUUCAAAUGUUGAAAAAAAAACGGCUGCGAUGUUUCCAAUUUACUAUGCAUACCUGUGUAAAAGCAAAUAUUUAUUUUCAUUAAUGAGGUACUAUCAAUAGAUAUCACCAUGCAUUUUUUACUUAGCAUAAAAUAAGUGCUUGUGGUUAUUUCUGCAUUCUUAUCUAAAAAAACUAUGUAUUAACUCUCCACAACGCAAUAACUCUACUUCACCACUUUGCGACCGAUACCCGAAUUGCCCUAAACCUAAACAACCAGCCCAUGGUUCCGUGUUUAAACUCACCUUUCAGCUAUUGUGUAAAUAUUCAUGGUUUAUUUGUGGUCAGUUUGCAAUUUUGAAAUAGUACCUUCUGCUCAAAUAUGAACGAGACGUUAUCAAUAAAACGGUCCGGGGAUGACAUAUGGGAAAAAUAAUUUUUUUGUUUUUUUGGUAGGACUGUUAUAAGCUUACAUGGCAAAUUUCAGCGUGAUAUGUCACAUAGUUUGUUUUCUGUGCUACUGUAAACAAGUCACGCUCGAGUGUGUUCUUCGAAUUCUCUUUUAUGACUUCAAUUGUCUCAAAAUGUUUUCCACGGAGCGGCAACUUGACCUUUGGAAAAAGGAAAAAGUCACAUGGAGCCAUAUCAGGCGAAUACGGUGCUUGCGGAACGAUAUUAACAUUAUUUUUGUUCAAAUAAUCGCGAACAAGACGUGAUGUGUGAGCUGGUGCAUUAUCGUGAUGCAAGAACCAUGACUUGUUGUCCCACAAUUCCUUCCUUUUAAGACGAAUGUUCUCGCGCAAACGCUUUAAAACGUCUAAAUAAUAUUCAGCGUUAACCGAUCGGCCUUGCGGAAGGAACUCCGAGUGCACCACACCUUCGUAAUCGAAAAAAACAGUCAAGCAUAACCUUAAUUUUUGAGCAACUUUGGCGUGGUUUUUUGGGUUGAUGUACGGCCCUCUUUGAACGAUUUGUACCACUGGAAAACACGUGCACGCGAUAGAGCAGAGUCCCCAUAGGUUGACUGCAACAUUUUUAAGGCAUCUGAAGCCGAAAUUUUGUUGGAAUAACAAAUUCUUUGUUCAACUUGAAUUUCCAUCGUUAAAUUCGAAGAACACUCUCGAGCUUGACUUGUUUACAGUAGCACAGAAAACAAACUAUGUGACAUAUCACGCUGAAAUUUGCCAUGUAAGCUUAUAACAGUCCUACAAAAAAAACAAAAAAUUUAUUUUUCCCAUAUGUCAUCCGCGGACCGUUUUAUUGAUAACGUCUCGUUCAUAUUUGAGCAGAAGGUAUAUUUUCCUGCAGGGCAUUUAGGUGUACGAGUAUCUGUGAAUGCAGUUACAUGAAUCAAAUUGUAAAAUUACUAUGUAUUAAUGUGUGUGAGCAUGAAUUUUUUGGCUUAUGUAACGGAACUAUGCACUCGUUUAUGCAUAACUGUACUGUAGGUAUACAUAUUUAUGUAUGUAAUAUACAUGCCUAUAUACAUAUAAAUAUAAUUAUGGAUAGAGCAUUUGCCUACCAUAUACAUACUUACGUAUAUUUACUUUGUUGUUGACUUGUUGUACAAUUAUUUUUGUUUUGUAAUGAAUACUCUUAAACACUUAUUGUUUCUAAAUUAUGCGAAAACAAAAGUAAUCAGGAUAAUACUCUUUAUAUCCAAUAAAAAAAUUGAGUCAAUUAAUGAAGUGGAAAUUCACUUUGAAAGAAAAAAAUAGUAAAAAAGUUAAAAAGUUAGCUUGCAAAAUAUUAAAUAUUGUAAAUAGGCUUAAUAUUAAGUAAUAAAUGUAUGUUACACUAACCUUAAUCAAUUAUUAAUAUUUAAAUUACUACUUACGUACACGCAUACAUACUUCAUUUAUGUAUUUGAAAAUUUAUUAUCACAUAAAUUUUACUUAAUAUAAAUACUACCUAUGUAUAUGUAAUUGUUUGUAUUGAUUAAUGUGUGGCAUAAUGAAACUAAGUAUAUCAGAAACAUAUCCAGUACCAAUAAUUUUAUAGCAGCAUUUGCGAAAAAUGCAUAGCUUGAUUCUAAUUACUUGUCCUUUCCUUUAGAUAGAAGCUAGUUUUCCACAUACUUAUACGUGUAUGUAUGUAUACUCGUGCUCGUACUCCUGCAUUUGUUUGUAUUGCAUAACAACAACAUAAAUAAACGAAAAUUUCUUAAAAAUCUUUUAAAUUAUUGUAGUCUUAAGUUUAUAUUGAAUUAAUCGUUAAACGAUUUUUGGCCAAAAAUAAUUUUGUGGGAUAACCAUUUCCAUCGCAUAUUUUGUGUAUUUUUGAAAUCGUGUCUACAAACACUUAUUUACAUAGAUAUUGUUGUUGCUCUAUAUAUGUAUGUAUAUUCGUACUCAUAUUCGUUCGGCUAAUUUUAUGUAUAAGUACUAAAUAUAUUUGUAUAUGUAUGGGUAUGUAAAUGUGUAAGGAGUAGUGGUAGGAUAAGAGUGGGUAUAAUGGUCAAAGGUAUAAAGUAUGUAAUAAAAUUUAUUUCGAAACA